AGUUCCCCUUUCUCUCCAACAGCAGAUAGAAAGCGCGAGAGCAAUUAAAGAGCGAUCCGAGCGAUCCGGCUUCCCAAAUAGAGCGAUGGACUACAGCAGUAUGUUCAGGCACAACGACCCCACGAUUUUGACGCUGCAGCACCUGAUGGACAUCCCGGAGGAGAUGGAGAAGGCCUUCAACGCGCCCACCCGCACCUACGUCCGCGACGCCAAGGCCAUGGCCUCCACGCCGGCCGACGUCAAGGAGCUGCCGUCCUCCUACGUCUUCGUCAUCGACAUGCCUGGGGUCAAGUCCGGCGAGAUCAAGGUUCAGGUGGGGGAGGACAACUUGCUGGUCAUCAGCGGCGAUCGCAAGCGCGAGGAGGAGAAGGAAGGCAGGUACCUCCGCAUGGAGCGCCGCAUGGGCAAGUUCAUGCGCAAGUUCUCCCUCCCGGACAACGCCAACACCGACGCCAUCUCGGCAGUGUGCCAGGACGGCGUCCUCACCGUUACCGUCCAGAAGCAGCCGCCGCCGGAGCCCAAGAAGCCCAAGACCAUCGAAGUCAAGAUUGCCUAAGUCAAUAAUUCAAGCGAGCCAGCGACCUAGUAGUUGUGUGAUGUGAUGUGGGUGCAGCCAUAUCUCUCCCAUUAGUUCGUGGUAUCAGUGGUGAAAUGAAAUGUCUUUUAUGUUUGAAUGAUGACCAACGAGUUCUUUGGUUUACUUCUUAUUA